AUGGACGUGUGCGGGCUGUGCCAGCGAGCAGACUGCGGCCCGGACAUCGUUGGGGAGCUGCGCCAAAAGCGUGAGCUCUGUGUCCACGAGAAGUGCCUGUUCCACGCCAGCAGGCUCAGACAGAGAGGGGCCGAUCAACAUGGCUUCUACGGCUUUCUCAAGUCUCGCGACGUCAGGCGGGUGAUGAAACGGACAGCACAGAAGAGGUGCUGCAUCUGCCAGCUACUGGGAGACUCCAUCUCCUGCCGCGGCUGGCGCUGCCGCCGGACGUUCCACUUGCCCUGUGGCAGCGAGCGGGGCUGCGUCUCCCAGUUCAGAAACAGCUGGAUGAGAUGCAAAGGGCUGCUUCAAGAGUGCGAGGACGUCUCCAGAAAGGACUCGGAGGGGCUGGAUAUUGAGCGGUGGAGGGUGGCGACGGGUCCUGCGCUGACGGACCUGAGGUCAAGGCACCGUGAUACGCCCCGGUCCCUCACGACCCAGUGCCCCACAGCAUGGCCGGAGCAGGGGGCCAGACCCUCCUUGCGUCCCCCCUGCUCAAAAGGCGGUGUCAGGCCCCAGGGUGGACAAGGCCACAAUGUCCUCCGGCCUCUCCCCCAUCCCACUUGCCGGGACGAGGUGGCGGGGCGGCCCUGUUAUACCACCAUGGUCUGCCCCAGCCGCGCCAGCGCCUGGUUCCACCGCCGCUGCAUCCAGGGCCAGGCGCUGCGCUCGGGCCUGCACCACUUUCGGAGCCCUCUGUGCCGGGACAUGACAGCCUUCCAGGCAGAGAUGUUCCGCUUGGGCAUCAAAAUCCCCGACAGGGAUGCUGCCUGGGAGGAGGAGGGCUCUCUCCUCGACUUGGUGCUCUGGCAGAGCUCCUGCGACGCCGACCAGUGCCUGUGCCCUCUGGGCCGCGACCAGGCAGAGCAGGCGGGGCCGUGGAGACUCCUGGUCUGCAGCUCCUGUGGCUCCCGUGGGACCCGCCAGUGCUGCUCCGCCCUGGAAGAUGCCACCGAGUCCUGGGAGUGCAGGGACUGCAGCGGCACGCACAGCGGUGAGGGGGGCAGCGGGAGGACAGGGUGCCCAGGGCGUGGUGGCUCCCACAGCCACUGGGGACUUGGGGACAGGCGCUGUGACGCGUGGAGGGAGGGAGCGUGGCAGGGGCUUGUUGUGCUCAUCAUCUCCCUGCCCCCUGCAGUGCCCGACAUUGCAGCCGGACCAGACUCUGGCCCCCCUGGCGCAGGGACCCUGGCACAGCGCUCCCAGUAA